UGCAUGACUAGCCCGCGCACUGCUGGGCGCGAAGGUGGCGGGCGUGGCCGCGGGAAUGAGCUUGGGCGUGGGAAUGGGCGUGUUGGUUGGCCUUAGGGUCGGCGGUGUGCUCGGGUUUGCUGGCGGCGUGCAGCAUCACUUCUAUCACUUGGCGAUGCCGAAGUUCUCCUCCAGGAGGUAGCGGGUGCUUGAUGAUACAUAUUGCUCCUUCCCCCUCCCCUCCCCCAGUUAAUCUGAAUUUCCUUUCCUUCUGCUCAUAUACCAGUAUUUUUCCCUUUUCCCUUUUUCCCUUCUUUCCUUUUCUUUCCUCUCCUAGUAACGCAUUUCCUUAUGUCCGGGGUGUUCUGUUCUAUUCUAUUUUCCUUAUGUUUGGGGUGCUCUAUUUUUUUUUCUCUUUUCUUUUCCUUUGAUCGAUGUUUCAACGAUGACGAAUUGUAUUAUGUAUAUGCCACAUUAGCCAGCCAAGUAGAUAACUUAACUUAACUUAUGACAGACAAUGAUAAGCCCGGGAUGGGGUAUGAUUUCACAAUAUCCUGGGCUAUGUAGGGUGGAGUGGACGGGCGAGAGUGAUAUCGCGU